AUGGUGGUCUACACGCAGGAGCACGUCUACCGGCACCCGUGGGACCGCGUGACGGCGGCGGCGUGGCGCAAGUUCACGGACCCGGCCUCCCGCACGGCGCUCUCCCACGUCGCCGACGUGCACACCCUGCAGCGCCGCGUCGACACGGACGCCGGCCGCCUCCACGCCGCGCGCUCCAUCACCGUCCGCUCCCCGCCGCUCCCCUUCAUCCUGCGCCGCCUCCUCCCGGCCGCCGCCGCCUCCCCCUCGGGCGCCGCCAUCUGCCACUGCGUCGAGACCUCGGUCGUCGACGCCCCGCGCCGCGCCAUGGACGUCGUCGUCCGCAACGUCAGCCUCCGCGGGAUCAUCGAGGUCGAGGAGCGAUCCACCUUCCGCCCCCACCCGGACCGCCCCGACGACUGGACGCAGUUCAGGCAGGAGACCACGAUCCGGUGCCGCCCGCUCGCCAAGCUCGCCGCCGUCGCCGAGAAGGUCGAGACCCGCUGCGCCGAGAGGUUCCUGCAGAACAGCGCCAAGGGGAGGGAGGUCGUCGAGCGGAUCUGCCGCUACCUCGAGGCCGAGGCCGCCGGUGCCGCGCCUUCCGCCGUCUGA